AUGAUAAUUUUCGUUCGUAAUAAACUCUAGAAAGCAGGAUUAGAAUUCAUAAGAAAUAAAAUUGGUUAAUAACAUAAAGAAUUUAAUAUUAUACAAAAUUUUAAUUUUAAUAUUUUUUAUGCCACCUAAAAGUAGAAGAUCAGAGCUAAGUUCAAAUCAAUUGAAGGUAAAUAAAGAUAAUAAUUAGUAAAGGAAGAAGGAAAUACUGCAUUUCUGAAUAGAUAAUAUAAUAAAGCAAUAAUAUUUUAUACGAAAGCUCUUUGUAAACUAAUUAUAAAAAUGAUAAUAUAGAGCUUGAAGAGAACCCAAUUUAUUAUAACAAUCGUUCACAAGCAUAUUUUUAGACAGAGGAACUAGAAUUGGCUUUAUUUGAUUGUAAUAAAGCAUUGCAACUAAAUCCAGGUUUUGUUAAAGCAAUGACUAACAAGGCAUAAGUGUUAUAUGAAAUGGGUUAUGUUUAAGUAUACUUCGAAAGUUAUUCAUAGGAAGCUAUUGAAUGUUUGUAGAGUAUAAAUAAUCAUACACCUGAAAGUGAAAUAUUACUAAAUCAGUAUUAAUAAUAAUCUCUCAAAGUAAAACUGAUAUCACAUCAAGACUUUAUUAGAUUAAGAAGAAUUAGAACGAUAAAUGAGACUAUUAGAAUGGUUGAAACAAGGAAAGGCAAUCUUUCCAAAAAUUAAAAUUGAAUGUUAUUCAGAGAAUUAUCGCGGUGUUAAUGCUAAAUAAACUAUAAGUGCAAAAGAGAUGAUUCUAUUCAUCCCUAAAUCUCAUAUGAUAACUUUAGAAAUGGCAAAAGAAACCUCUGUAGCUAAAAAAAUGAUAUAAUUCAGAUUAGAUUUACUUUCACCAAAACAUUCUUUUCUUUCUACAUUUUUAUUAUAAGAGAAAUUAAAACCUAAUUCAUUUUGGAAACCAUAUAUAGAUAUCUUACCAUAAUCUUAUCCCUCAUUUCCUAUAUUUUUUAAUAAUAGUGAUUUAGAGUGGCUGAAAGGUUCUCCAUUUUAAAGUAAUUAAUCUAUCAAACUAAUUAGAAUAAAUCAAAGAUAAACUUUCUGAUCUUAAAAAGGAUUAUACUGACAUCUGUAGUAUUGCUCCAGAAUUUUCAUAAUAUUUAUUCAAUGAAUUUUGUUGGGCAAGAAUGACAGCAAGUAGUAGAAUUUUUGGAAUAAAUAUUAAAAGUGUUAAAACUGAUGCAUUUGUACCUUUAGCAGAUAUGCUUAAUCAUAAGAGACCUAAAUUGACCUCUUGGUGUUAUUCUGAUGAAAAAUAAGGAUUUAUCAUUGAAACAGAUGAAAAAAUAGAAAAGGGAUAAAUGAUAUUUGAUAGUUACGGUAGAAAAUGCAAUUCAAGAUUUUUAUUAAAUUAUGGAUUUGUUGUUGAAGACAAUGAUGCAAAUGAAGUCAAUGUUACUGUUGAAUCUGAUCAACAUCAUCCACUAUUUAAAUUAAAAGAACAAACUAUUUAAGAUUCAUUAUAAUGGCCUAAAACUUUUCGGUUGGUCAUGGAUACUGAAGGUAAUAAUAAUGAAAUAUUAUCGUUUAGAAAAUACUGUUAUUGAAUUUAUGAGUUAUAUCAGAUUUUUAGUUAUUAAUGAUGAAAAUCAACUUUAAUUACUAUUAAAUUAAAAAGGCUUCUUAAAUUUUAAGCCAACUAAAACUUAACCUAUAGGAAUUUAUAAUGAAUUAGAUAUGUGGAAAAUGAUUGGUAGAAUUUGCAAAAAGGCUCUCAAACAAUAUCCGACUACGUUUGAAGUGACUCUAUUUUUUAAAUUAUAUAGUAAGACCAAGAAAUCCUUAAAAUUUGCGAAUUGACUACAAAUUAAAGAAACUGCUUGAUUCUAAGAAUGGGAGAAAAAGAAAUACUAAAAUUCUAUUAGUAAUUUAGUGAUAAAAUGAAAUAGCUUUUAAGUAAUUUUAAUUAAUUAGUAAUAUAAUUAUGUUUAUUAGUAUAGGAAAUUAACAUAUUUUUUUCAAAAGAAGAUAACUGUAAAUACUUAAACUAUAUUAAUAAAGUUGUUAUGUUUUAAAAUUAGAAUGAUUAAUGA